CUUUGUCUCAUGGUUAAUUGAUGAAGCCAACUUGUCAGUUUGGUCCAUCAUGGCAACUUGUGAUUGAUUUAAUUAACCAUCUUUCCGGUUCUCUCUUCACUCUCUUCGCUCUCUUCGCUCUCUUCAUUUCUUAAUCCUCUCCUUAAGACUUGGUUUCUGGAUUAUUCACAAUCUUUUCAUUCACUCACGCUUUUUCUAUCUUUUCCCCCUUAACAGUCCUGGGAAUGGCACGCUCCAAGCAACCAGCUAUCAAGCGUGAGGCAUCCUCAGAGUUCUUCAACAAGACGACUGCAACAUGGGAGGAUACUAAUCAAUCGCAAAAGAGCCCUUCCAAUGGAAACAUUACGAAUAAGGUCUUGCCUGUUCCUGCGCCUGCGCAAGAAGCUGGGCUCUUGCAGCUUGUCAUCGCCGUCGCGGGAAUCUAUGCUUCAUUCCUCACUUGGGCAUAUCUUCAAGAAAAGCUCACUACCAAGCCAUAUGGUCCCGCCGACGCCCCGGAGGUCUGGCACUUCCCUGUCUUCCUCAACACCAUCCAAUCCGUUUUCGCCGCCAUCGUAGGCGCUGUCUAUCUCUAUGCCUCGACGCCCAGCAACGCCGCCGUUCCUCCUAUUAUCCCAUCGCGCCGCAUCCUUGGGCCUCUCGCGCUUGUUGCUGUCACGAGCAGCCUCGCGAGCCCCUUUGGCUACGCAUCUCUUGCCCAUAUCGACUACAUCACGUUCCUCCUUGCCAAGAGCUGCAAGUUGCUACCUGUCAUGUUCCUUCACAUCACUGUCUUUCGCCGUCGAUAUCCGCUGUACAAGUAUCUCGUGGUUUCGGCCGUGACUCUCGGCGUGGCUGUCUUCACGCUGCACUCUGGAAAGAAGAAGGGCAGCAAGGUCCGACCUGACGAUGCAAGCACAGCAUGGGGCCUGCUGUUGCUGGGUAUCAACCUCCUUUUUGAUGGCUUGACAAACAGCACUCAGGACCAUAUCUUCCAGACAUUCCGACCGUACUCGGGCCCUCAGAUGAUGUGCGCCAACAACAUCAUGAGCACUAUUGUCACGGGUACCUACUUGAUCGUCAGCCCUUGGUUGGUCGCGACAGGUCUCGGAGAGUGGUUUGGCAUGGACGUCGCUGGCAACGCGGGCGAGCUCAAGGCUGCUUUGGACUUUAUGGCUCGUUAUCCCGCUGUCUGGAAAGAUGUUCUCGGUUUCGCUGCGUGCGGUGCUAUCGGCCAAGUCUUUAUCUUCUACACGCUGUCCACGUUCUCAUCCGUUCUUCUCGUUACUGUCACUGUAACACGCAAAAUGUUCACCAUGAUACUAUCUGUUCUCGCUUUCGGCCAUCGGCUCACGCAGAUGCAGUGGCUUGGUGUCGCGCUUGUGUUUGGCGGCAUUGGCGUUGAGGCUGGCAUCGCGCGACAGGAGAAGAUGGCCAAGGAGGCCGCUAAGGCACAGCAAAAUGGCAAGAAGGAGCUGUAAAUGCAUCUCGUUUAUUUUCUUUGUUAGUGAGUGAUAAAUUACAAUAUGUAUAGUGGCUCGAAGGGGCACAUCCGAGGGGAAUAAGGAGUAAAUCAAGUGUGAGGGGCGUUUACAGGAGUUGGUUAGAACGAUCUCAACGCCUCACAGUAUUUGCCCACAAAAUGGCCGAGUG